AUGGCGUAUCAUCGACGUCCUCCUCCUUCUUCAAUGCCCUUUCCAAACACUGAUCCGUCAUCUGAUUCUGCGGUUCCCCGGUGCUCCACCCAAGCAUUCAAGUUUCGGCCUGAUGGGUCAUUAGACAGAUGUCAGGCCCGUCUCGUGGCUUUUGGGAACUGGCAAGAGUAUGGCAUUGAUUAUGAAGAGACCUUUGCACCUGUUGCCAAAAUGACUACUGUGCGGACUAUCUUGGCACUUGCUGCGUCGCAGGGGUGGUCUCUCCAGCAGAUGGAUUGCUUGCUUUUCAUUUUACUCAAAGUCAAGUGUUAUUCCUCUCUUUUUCUUCGCAAGACUUUUGGAGGAAUUGUAUUGCUUCUGGUAUAUGUGGAUGACAUUGUGAUUACUGGCUCUGAUAUUGAGUUAAUUAAGCAAUUACAACAGCAUCUCAAGGCCUCUUUUCACACGAAAUAUCUUGGUCCCCUGCAGUACUUUCUUGGCAUUGAGGUGCAGCUUACUCCGAUUGUCGCUAUCCGCCGCAUUACCCAAUAUCUGAAGGGCACCUCUACAUGUGGGUUGUUCUUUCCUAAGGAAUCUUCCUUACAGUUGGUGGGGUAUAGUGAUGCUGAUUGGGCCGAAUGUGCAGAUACUCAUCACUCUAUUACUGGCCGGUGCAUGUUGUUAGGCAACGCACUCAUUUCUUGGAAGAGUAAGAAGCAAGACAGAGGUUCCAAGUCCUCCAUUGAGUAUGAGUAUCGUGCUAUGUCUUCCGCAUGCUCUGAGAUCACAUGGCUUCGUGGGUUAUUGGGUAAACUUGGUUUUUCUCAACUUCAUUCCACUCCUCUUCAUGCUGAUAAUACCAGUGCUAUUCAGAUUGCUGCUAAUCAUGUCUUCCAUGAACAGGAUACAGAAAUGCUCGUUUCACAGCAAAAAAGCAAUGGUGAGGUGGCAAGGUUGAUGGCCUUCAAGAGGUCAUCUGUUGCUGCUGAUCCAAGUCAUUUCUUAGGCAACUGGAUUGCCAGCUCUACCAGUCCGUGCACUUGGCAAGGAAUCACAUGCUCUUCCAGAGGACGUGUUACAGCCAUCAACCUUAACAACGCCGGCCUCUCAGGACACCUGCACCUCAUCCAUUUGCUGGCGUUGCCCUUUCUCCAUUAUCUCAACCUGCAUGGCAAUUCCUUCUCUAAUGGUGGAGAUCCCUUAGCCUUCAUGAAUUCUAGCCACGCACCUUGCAGCCUUGAGAAUUUGGACUUGUCCUCUAAUAACUUGUCAGACCCUCUUGACAGACCAUCCUUUUCGUUGCUGCUAUCCUGCAAUCAACUCUCUUCUCUCAACCUGUCCUGCAACUCAAUCCCUGGUGGCUCUCUUGACUUCAGCCCUUCUCUUCUACAACUAGACCUCUCUCAAAAUCAGAUUUCUGAUUCUGCCAUCUUGACCUACUCUCUCUCCAACUGUCAAAAUCUGAAUCUCCUCAAUCUCUCCAACAACAGGCUCCCAGGUGAACUUCGGGUCACUUCUUUUGACCUUGUGGCAAACUCAUUGCCAUCCAUCAACUAUCUAGAUCUCUCCCACAAUAAUUUUUCGGGAGAUUUUUCCAGACUUGAAUUUGGUGAUUGUGCAAAGCUCAUGUUGCUUGGCCUGUCCCACAAUAGCCUCUCAGGGGCAGGGUUCCCAACAAGCUUAACAAAUUGCCAACUUCUUGAGACACUUGACCUCUCUUACAAUGACCUCCAGUACAAAAUCCCAGGAGUAUUGUUGGGGAACCUUAAGAAUUUGCGCCGGCUAUCCCUAGCCCAUAACCAGCUUUCAGGAGUGAUCCCACAUGAGUUGGGACUAACUUGUCAGACUUUGGUGGAGCUCGACCUUCAUGCAAACAGACUUUCUGGUGGGCUUCCCUCAACUUUCACCUCCUGCUCAUCUUUGCGCAGCCUUAACCUUGGCAAAAAUAUGCUUUCAGGAGAUUUUCUUGAUACAGUUAUCAGUACUCUCCCAAGUUUGAGGUAUCUCUAUGUAUACUUCAACAACAUUACUGCUUUGGUGCCAGUGUCUUUAGCCAAUUGCAUUCAAUUGCAAGUCCUUGAUCUCAGUUCUAAUGCCUUUUUUGGGAAUAUUCCUUAUGGGUUCUGCUCAUCCCCCUCCUCAAACUAUUCAUCUUCAGCCCUCGAGAAGAUACUUUUACCCAAUAAUUUUCUCUCAGGAUCAGUGCUUCUAGAGCUUGCAAAGUGCAAAAAUUUGAGGACAGUUGAUCUUAGUCUCAAUAAAAUAAGCGGCCCAAUUCCAUCGGGAAUUUGGAGCCUCCCAAAUCUAUCCAACUUGAUUAUGUGGGCAAACAACCUCGAAGGCGUACUUCCCAACAGCAUAUGCUUUAAUGGAGGAAAUCUUGAGACAUUGAUUCUAAACAAUAAUCUAAUCACCGGAACCAUUCCGCCGUCACUUGGUAACUGCACCAACUUGAUGUGGUUGUCACUUUCAAGCAACCAGCUUACUGGAGAAAUUCCUGCCAGUAUUGGAAAUCUACCAUAUCUCACCAUUCUCCAAUUGAAUAACAAUAUGCUAACCGGCCAGAUACCAUUGGAGUUGAGCAAGUGCCAAAGCCUCAUUUGGCUCGAGUUAAAUAGCAACAACAUAUCGGGUCAUAUCCCAUCAAAGCUUGCCAGUCAAGCCAGCUUCAAACCUAGACUCAUCUCUGGGAAGAAAUUUGCAUUCAUGAGAAAUGAUGCUGGAAUCACUUGUAGAGGUACUGGAGGACUCAUUGAAUUCAGGGGAAUCCGAGCAGAGACGGUGGUAAGUCUUCCAAUGAUUCGCUCUUGUCCAAUAUCAACUAGAAUCUACUCUGACCAAACAAUUUUCUCUUUCAAAAGCAACAGCAGCAUGCUUUACCUUGACCUAUCCAGCAAUUUUUUGUCUGGAACAAUUCCAGAAAGCUUUGGCUCAAUAAUCCAUUUACAAGUCCUAAAACUGGGAUACAACAGAUUAACUGGAAACAUUCCUAACAGUUUUGGAAAUUUUAAGGAUGUCGCUGUUCUGGAUCUCUCUCAUAAUAAUCUUCAGGGAUUUAUCCCUGGGUCAUUAGAGACUCUUUCUUUUCUCAGCUUUUUUGAUGUGUCAAACAACCGCCUAACAGGCCCCAUCCCUUCUGGAGGUCAACUAAUCACUUUUCCCUCAUCCAACUACGAGAAUAAUUCUGGCCUUUGUGGGCUACCCUUGCCCCCUUGUGGCUCAAGCCUUUGUGGAUUUACAUCAUCAAUGAAAUGUGGUUCAGCAGACCAACAAGACUUCAAUCCCAAGCUCGAAAUCAGCAGCAUUGACUGGAAAGCAGCGGUUGCAGGAUAUGGAUGUGGAAUGAUAAUUGGUGUGUUUGUUGGAAAUUGCAUAAUCCAAAGGAAGGAAAAACGGCUAGUAAAAAUUUUUCGUUGGGUGAAAACGAUAAAGAGGAAGCAUGGAGGAAGACAAGAUUCGGGUCCAGGCACAUGUAACUAGAAAAUGUAUAUUGUAAUACAUGGAACAGUUGUAGGUGAACCACCUCUCCGUGCUAGAUGGGUUGCAUGAACCACAGUGCAUACCAGCAGAGACAAAUUUCAUUCCAAGC